CUUUAUCCACUGAGCCACCUAGCUGCCCCUCACAUUUCUUUUGAUAUCCACUUUCCCACACUCAUUCUUCCUCAGGUUUUACCUCCAUAUACUCAAGCUGUCCUUAACUUUUUCUCAGUCUCAAACUUUAACAUGUCCUUCACAUAGUACCUUCCUCCAGUCUUGUGCAAGCCCCUAUCUGCUAUUUCUUCAACUUGUCUGGCAGUGCUGGAACUAUUUGCCCACCCUUCCAAAUUCUCCCCUGACUUGGACUGGAGGGCCAGAUGCCUAGAACCAAAGAAUAGAAGUGGGGGCAGAGAAAAGGGGAACAGGAACCCUGGGUAAGCAGAAUUAAGAGCUAGGUGGAAAGUGGGGGAUGAGGUCAGAUCCAGCUAUCAGGCUGGAGGCAGUCCUAAAUAGGAACUGGAUGCAUGAGUCCCCAGAGAAGAGCAUGAGUUUGUGGUAAAAUUACAAGACAGUUGGAUCUUGGCCAAUGGCUAGGGGUGCUUCCCCUGCUUCCCUCCACUUAGGUUAAGUCAAUAUUUGUGUGUACUGGGCUUGAGAGGCCCCCAGACUUGGCUCUGUUUUUUCACAUCCCCUUCUUCCUCCCCUUCCCCCAUUCCUCUCCCUAAUUCGUCCAGUCCCCACGCCCACACACUCGAAGCCAACCCAUCUGGCAUUGAUUAUCCUGUUGCUGCUGGACUCAGCCGCUGCCUCUGUCUCAGGGACCCCGGCUCUUCUCCCCCUAGCCAUGCUGCCUCCUAUCCCACUCUUCGUCCUGGGGCCCCUCUUUACUUCCUUCGUCCUGCUAUUCCUCACCCAGGCCCAGGGAGCUCCUGCCCAGACCCCCAACUACACCAGACCUGUGUUCCUGUGCGGAGGGGAUGUGACCGGGGAAUCAGGCUACGUGGCAAGUGAGGGCUUCCCCAAUCACUAUCCCCCCAACAAAGAGUGCAUCUGGACAAUCACGGUCCCUGAGAGUCAGACUGUUUCCCUCUCCUUCCGAGUCUUUGACUUGGAAUUGGAUUCCUCCUGCCGCUAUGAUUCCCUGGAGAUUUUUGCUGGGGCAGGGACAUCAGGCCAGAGUCUUGGACAUUUCUGUGGGACCUUCAGGCCAGGGCCUGUGGUUGCUCCUGGCAACCAGGUGACACUGAGGAUGAGGGCUGAUGAGGGGACAGGAGGACGGGGCUUCCUGCUGUGGUACAGUGGGCGGGCUACCAAUGGCAAUGAGCAUCAGUUCUGUGGGGGUCGGCUGGAGAAGCCCCAAGGUACCCUGACCACACCCAACUGGCCUGAGUCUGACUAUCCCCCUGGGGUCAGCUGUUCCUGGCUCAUCAUUGCUCCCCCAGAACAGGUGAUUUCUCUGACCUUUGGGAAAUUUGACCUGGAGCCAGACACUUACUGCCGAUAUGACUCAGUCAGCAUUUUUAAUGGGGCUCAAAGUGAUGAUUCAAAAAGACUGGGGAAGUAUUGUGGGGAUACUGCCCCGAGUUCCAUCACCUCAGAAGGAAAUGAACUCCUGGUCCAGUUUGUCUCAGAUCUCAGUGUCACUGCUGAUGGAUUCUCUGCCUCCUAUAAAGCCCAGCCCCGAGGCAGUGGGAAGGAGGGGAUUGUUCCAGCUCCUCCACAACCACAGCCAGGGCCUAAGGUCAAACUUCCUACCAAACCCCAGACCCCAGUCCAGGAGAACCCAAAACCUACCCUUGCCACAGACUCUGAUGCUCCUAGUACACCCUGCCCAAAACAAUGCCGAAGAACGGGCACUCUACAAAGCAACUUCUGUACCAGUGACUUUGUGGUGACAGGGGCAGUGAAAUCAAUGGUUCGGGGUCCUGGAGAAGGGAUCACUGUUACCAUCACCCUCAUGGGUGUCUACAAGGCAGGGGCUCUUGUCCUGUCUUCCACUCCCGUUGGAACCCCACUUAAGUUGUAUGUACCCUGCCGGCAGUGUCCCCCAAUAAAGAAAGGGGCUAGUUACUUGCUGAUGGGUAGCGUGGAUGAAAAGGGAAGCGCAGUGCUCCCCCCCAACAGUUUUGUGGUCCUAUAUCGGUCAAACCAGGACCAGAUCCUCACCAACCUGAGCAAAAAGAAGUGUCCUUCCCAGCUUCCAGCCACGGACUGAGAUGACCUGCACCAAACUACUACCUAAUUUCCUCCUUACCGCCAUACUUUCUCUAUGAAAUACAAAUAAAGUUCACCCAGACAGAAGAAUCA